GUUCCCAAGUCGACUUAGUGUGCACCACCCCCACCAACACGGACACGGACGCGCCCAGCAUUCAUCAGAGCUCCGCACCAUGCGCCAAACAACCACACCAGCAGUGGCGAGAGAGAACAUUCUUGACAACGAAUUUCAAAGGUCGUGGCACUGGACAAUCCUGUCACGUGGGCGGCGAGACUUCAGCUGACACAGUCAUUGCGAGCACGUGCCCCCCCUGCUGGCCAACCUCGCCAUGUCACAUCUUCUGUCUGCUCACUUUGAGCAGAUUGCCAUCUCCUGCCAGGGCAUCGACAGCCUCCCCUUUCCGCAGCCCAAGAUAUUCACCAAUGCCCUCCUCUCGAACCACGACAUCACGUCCCUGAUUCGAGACACAGAAGCCCACGAGAGAGCCCUGUUCUCUGUACCACCACCGCCUCCACCCGUCACCGCACUAAUACCAGACCCCGCAGAGCAGCCCAAGUCUUCGCGCAGGCAGACUGUCUUCAAUGUUGCGUCGGGCGAGGUGACGACGUCCGGGACCGCCUCCGGGAGGUUGGCCGGUGGUCCUGCGCCACGACGCCACACUGCCGUCACCGCGGUCCUUGGCGGUGCGCUGCAUGACCAGAUCCGGCGGAGCGAGCGGCGACCGGGUGGCGAGAAGGGCGAUGUCGACGUCGAGGUGCUGUUGCGCGGUGCCGAGAAGCUGUGCGGUGUGUAUCCACUGCCUGGGGCACUCGAGAGGAUACCCUCGCAGCGGUCCAAGCAUGCAAACAUCCGCAGCACGUUGGCCUACUACGAGAACAAGGUUGCUGAACAGGCGGAAGAGCUUGCACGGCUGAACAAGGACCACUGGCUCGACGACGAGGACGAGGAUAUUGCGGCGGCUUCAGAAGUGGAAGGCGAGAUCUUGACCGAGGAGGAUCUGCGGCGGGAAGAGGAAGAGGUCAGGGAGCUGGACAAGAAGAAGCGCGAGCUACAGGAGAGGCUGCGGGCCAUGGAGAAAGACCUGGGUGGACUCUUGCACAUGUGACGCUCUCACUGGAGCUGACGCGGGCAAAUGAGGAAGUCUAGAGAUGAUUAUUGAGCACGAAAUGAUACCCCUUCUUCUUUUCCGGGCUGGACAGAACAGCUCUCAUCAAGAAUGCCUCCUGGCGAGAACAGGCCCUAUGAGGUGC